AUGAAAUCAGCCGCCGGCGCCGCAGAUUGUGGGGGCAUAGCAAUAUCAUCAUCCAAUCCUCACAAGAGGACGAGGAGGGGGCACAAGGGUGUUCUGCAGCUUCACCAUCUGCCUCUUGAUACUUUAAGUGACAUUGUGUCAUUGUUAAGCUUCAAAGAGGCUGCGCGCAUGAGCGUACUGUCGAGCCAGUGGAGACAUCUCUGGAGAUCAUGUAUCAGAGACCUGGUCUUCACUAGGGAGACAAUGUGCUGCCCCAUGCCCAUGAGCCGAGAGGAACAAGAUCGAGAAGCUUUCAUCAGGAAUGUUGAGUGCGUAUUGUGCCAACUCGAUCCCACCAUUGCUAGGGACAAAUUCGUGCUCGAGUUCAAGCUCAUCAAUACAAAUGUGCAGACCCAUGUUGACAGAUGGGUCGCCUUUUGUGCAACAUCAAGAGUGAAGCACAUUGUCUUCGAUUUCAAACCAGGGUCAUGGGGCAAACACGACAAUUCGUUCAACUUCCCAAUACACCUUUUCAUCAAUGGCGCUCCUGCUGUCAGAUCUUUGUGCCUCAUGUCUGCCUACCUAAACCCAGUACCUGGUUUUUCUAGCUUCACAAACCUUAGAAAGCUCAUGCUCGACUCGGUGUCUGGAGAUAUCCAGUGCAUGUUGUUGCCAGCGUGCUCCAUGCUUGAGUGGCUUAGCAUCGUGCGUUGCACCCUCCACAGCUUGACUACUUCCCAACCGUUGCACCAGUUGCGAUACCUGUGUGUGCACUACUGCUUCAAUAUGCAGAAGCUUGAGGUGCAAGCUCCCAACCUUAAUACCUUCAUAUUUGGUAGCUUGGAGACCCACCCAGUGUCAUUUAUCAUUGAUGGAUGUCUAGAGAUACAGGAGGUGACUAUCAAGUUGCCAACAUGGAGGAGUGACCUUUUUGACUACGCCUUCGCGGAUCAUGGUAUGGCGAAUGUGCCCAAGCUCUCUGUGGAACUUGCAAUUGAUUCCAAGGUGCCUGGAUGUGCAAAAUGCCCUAGUAAGUUUGUCAACCUGAAGCAUCUUAUAUUGACCGUCGAUGUACUUGCAAAUGAUAAGUAUACAAGUGGCAUUCUUCGUUUGGCUUGUCUUUUGGAAUUAAGCCCAGUUUUGAAUCGUCUUGAACUGCAUAUCGUAUGCGUACUCAGAACAGGAGAAGUGUUGAAUCGGAUAGAGGAGUUGCCCCCGGCCCGUGAGCCACAUUAUCAUCUGAAGACAUUGCAGAUGACUGGAGUCUACGGCUACAACAACCUGUUUAUUCUGGCACUGCAUUAUGCUCGAACUGCCAUGGCGCUAGAGCACAUGGUCAUCGAUCCCGAGGCAAAGAAGAGCUAUGUUCUGACUCGUGAUGCGGUAGAAGAGGAUGCGGUCCAUUGGGGCCGACGGAUGGCCAAUGAACAUCUUCGGGGACGAGGGUUGGAUGGCAUCCUCACCAUCUUGUAA